GUUCGUUGCUGAGAACAACAAAAUAUUUUUAUUUAGGAGUAAAUUGAUUCUUUUUCAUCAUUCUCUCAGAAGUGAUCCUGAAACAUUAAUUUCAGAAGUGUGAAACAUAAAAGUAAUCAGAGGAAGGGCUUCGGUAGCGCUCUACUGACAAUGCAUGUCGUAUUGAUUAUAACAUCAGUCAUCACACGUGCCAGCGUAACGGUUUGACAGGACGUUGACUGUUUGACACUGAGUCUGCAGAUUCUGAUGCAGUGCGUCAUUCAUUCCUAGCUUUCAGCAUCUCUUUUGAAUGAAUUAUUUCGACAUACACUAAUUAUUACGGAAAAUGAGUAUGGCAGAUUCUGCGUCGGGGUUGGACGACGACCAACUCGAGACAGUUUAUGGUUGGGUUGAUCAAGUUCCUUUGACAAGACCAAAAAAGAGUAUCGCUCGAGAUUUUGCGGAUGGUGUGUUAGUGGCAGAGAUGAUACGGUACUACUUCCCAAGGCUUGUUGAACUGCAUAAUUAUACAGCAUCAAGUAACACCAAAAAGAAAAUUUCAAAUUGGAGAGUCCUUAACAGGAAAGUUCUAAACAAACUACAUUUUGAGUUGGGUGAUGAUGUGUUACAUGAUCUAACUCAAGCCAAACCCUACACCAUCGAGAAAGUGCUAAUAGAACUAAAGACCAGGAUUGACAACAAGUUAAAGGAGGAACAUAUGGCGCCCCCACCCCCUGUCUCCACAUUUAGGGCCAAGGAGAGCGAUCAGCCCGAGGCCGACCAGCACUUUGGAAGCAAAGGGAGAGGAGCUAAGGGAAAGAACCCGUCAUCCAAAGCUUCAAUAGAAGUGCCUCCACCGCCAUUUGAACGAGUUACUUACAAGAAUCUUGGAAGAAAUGAUGCUGCGAUGCCAGGGAACGUGGUACGGCACCCACCUGUAGGUGGAACAAGAAAGGAACGGGACCUUGCCCUUAUGUAUGAGGAGAAGGAACAGGAAUGUCUCGCCAAGGGGGAGACAAUUGCAAUGUUGCAAGCUAAAACACGACGACUUGAACAUUUGUUGCAUCUAAAGGACAUACGGUUAGAAGAACUUCAAACUCAAAUAGAACAACUGCGACCUACAGGCGGGCUAAAAUGAUAGCAGCAAUGUUCACCGGACUUGUCACCAGAGCUUCCCUUACCACCUGUAGUUACCUUCAUCUUCAGAUUUGUUAUAUCCAUUUUGAGGGGAAUGUGUAAUUUACAUAACUCUUCUAUUGGACAAACAGUAUAUGGCAUUGAUUCUCCAGCAGACCAGUAGUAUAUCACUUAUUCUCAAACGAAUCAUUUGUAUACCAUUGAUUGAAGUUUCCAGAGGACCAGUGGCGUUUCAACAAUAUUCCAGCAGGCAAUGAUUUGCCAACGAUCUUUCUACAUGAAGAUCUGCGGACCAGUGAUAUUCUACUUCCUUGACCAAACCAAUUUGUAUAUGACUUAUUCUCCUGUCGACCAAUUGUAAAUGUGCAUAAAAGUACUUUAUCGGAUGAGCUAGCUGAUGGGCACACGUGGCCUACUGCUCUUUGUAAUAAAUAUGUACAAUUGUGCCAUUGGACUGAUAGUUGAGAAACAUAUCUAGGUUUGAAGUUAUUACUUUUUUUAUUAUAAUAUUAAUAGAAAAAAAAUCGAAGAUAUGAUUCUUUAAUUAGUUCAGGAAUAAAUGUAAGCUCUUAUUCAUCAUAUGAAAACAAAAUU